UGACAUGAGAGUCACAACCUACAUGUGCAGGUUGUUCAUAAUUUUAUAGCUUCACUUUUGGUAUUUCUCUUCAUUCACAGCUUAAUAACACAUUAUGGACUAAAAGCCAUUCUGCACUGGAACAUUGAUUUUGCUUUUUUCUACUUUCUCCUUUCAGACAAGGAUGUCAAUGUUAUCUAUAGAAGUUAUUGAAUUACUUUCUGCAGAUUUUAUUCACCCUUAAAAAUUUGUGUUAACAAAUAAUUUUUACUUUCUUGCUCUCUUUUCUUUUUCUUUUUUUUUUUAGGUUUCCAAAUGGCUGAUCCUUUUCUCUAUGAUACUGGAGAAAGAUCUCAGUAUGGGUGCCUUGGACAUGAAGUACAAAUUGAGCACAUCAAGGCAUAUGUUUGUAGGCCAUCUUUUUUCACAGACAAAGCUGUGAUUGUGAUUCAUGAUAUAUUUGGAUGGCUGUUCCCAGACACUAGAUACAUAGUCGAUUUGAUUGCAGGUCAUGGAUACAUAACUAUCUGCCCAGACUUCUUCAAGGGGACAGAGCCCUGGAAAACUACUGAUCACUGGGCUGACUUUGCUGAUUGGAUGAAAGAUCAUGAUCCUAUGAAAGUAGACAAGGAAGCUGAUGUUGUCUUGAAGUAUCUAAAGGAACAAUGCGGUGCAAAGAAGAUUGGUAUCGUUGGGUUUUCCUGGGGUGGAAUGGCAGUACAUCACUUGAUGCUGAAAAAUCCUCAAUUAACCGCUGGGGUGUCCCUCUAUGGAAUCAUCAGGGACUCUGAAGAAAGAUACAAUUUAUUAAAUCCCACAUUUUUCAUUUUUGGUGAGAAAGACCACACUAUUUCUUAUGAUGAGAUCACCUUACUGGAGGAGAAGUUGAAACAGUACUGUAAAGUUGCAUAUAAAAUUAAAGUUUAUCCUGGACAAGUUCAUGGGUUUGCACAGUUGAAACCGGAAGAUAUGAAACCUCAUGAUAAACCUUAUAUUGAAGAAGCUAGAAAGGAUAUGAUUGAUUGGAUCAAAAUGUUUAUUUGA